AUGGUUAUUGCUGUUAAUAACGAUACCCUAUGUAAUACAACUACUACUGCGCGUGUCGAAUAUGAAUUUAACACCGAUGUUAUUAACAGCGAACACAUAAUAACAUUUAAAGGCUAUUUUGCAAGAACUACAAGAGAAAACUAUGUUACUGCUGCAUUGAAAAAUGCUGGGGUAUCAAAUUGGACCAUAGUGCAACGAAAUAACCCGGCAAAAGAGUACCCCAGUGAUUUUGAUGUGAUUGUUUUUGAUGAGAGUGUUAAAGAUGGAAUCAAGGCACUUCGUGACCACCCAGCCAUCCGACGCGUCACAGUGCAACGACAAGUCCAACGCACUAUUAAAUAUGUCAAUGAGGAUGACUGUGGGCAAAAUGGAUGUAUUUAUUCAGGUUGGAGAAAUCAUAAACAUAGAGCGCGAAAUCUUCACUCUAUCAGGAAGCCUCGAGAGAACGGAGGUUAUACAUCAAGAAAGUUAUUGAGGACAGUUCCGCGGCAGAUAACGUCGGUCUUGAAAGCCGAUUUACUCUGGUCCCUUGGAGUGACAGGUGAAGGGAUUAAAGUAGCGGUAUUCGAUACGGGUCUCGCGCGUCACCACCCACACUUUGGCCGGGUCCGGGAACGGACGGAUUGGACCGGCGAGAACACGUUAGACGAUGCAUUGGGCCAUGGCACCUUUGUGGCUGGCGUCAUCGCGUCUAGAGCCGACUGCUUGGGGUUCGCACCUGAUGCCGAUUUGCAUAUAUUUAGAGUUUUUACAGAUAAUCAGGUAUCUUACACGUCAUGGUUUUUAGAUGCCUUCAACUAUGCAAUUAUGCGUAAAAUAGACGUUCUCAAUUUAAGUAUCGGAGGGCCAGAUUUUAUGGAUCACCCAUUUGUAGAUAAAGUAUGGGAGCUAAGUGCCAACAAGGUUAUCAUGGUAUCGGCGAUAGGCAACGAUGGGCCUUUGUACGGAACUCUAAAUAACCCAGCAGACCAAAUGGACGUCAUCGGAGUGGGCGGUAUUGGAUUCGAUGAUCGUAUAGCAAAGUUUUCUUCUAGAGGCAUGACCACAUGGGAAUUGCCAGAUGGCUACGGUCGCAUGAAGCCUGAUAUCGUGACAUACGGGAGUGGCGUUCGUGGCUCCAGCGUGAAUGGCGGGUGCAGAUCUCUUAGUGGUACAUCAGUAGCGUCACCGGUGGUAGCUGGGGCGAUAGCAUUGUUAGCCAGCGGGGUUCCCCGACAGAACCUCACGCCGGCCGCAGUGAAGCAAGCCCUUUGCAUUACAGCUAGAAGGCUAGCCGGCCCUAAUAUGUUUGAACAGGGCCACGGGAAAUUAGACCUUAUAAGUGCAUAUCAGUUUCUACGCGAAUAUGAACCGCAGGCGAGUCUCAGCCCGCCAUACAUAGACCUAACCGAGUGCCAGUACAUGUGGCCGUAUUGCUCGCAGCCCCUGUACUACAGCGCUCAACCCACCAUAGCUAAUGUGACGGUUAUUAACGGACUGGGCGUGGCUGGUGAAGUGACAAAAGUAAGCUGGCAUCCACAUCUACCCCAUGGCGUAAUAUUAUCCGUAUCAACGGACUACAGUCAAAUAUUAUGGCCGUGGUCCGGUUGGUUGGCUCUCAGCUUCACUGUUUUAGAAACAGGGGCUAACUUUGAUGGCAUUAUUGAGGGUCACGUGAACGUCACCAUAGAAAGCUACGACGAAGUAGUUGACCGCACCAUGAAGAACACUACGCUUAUGUUGCCUAUACGAGCUCGGGUAAUACCAGUGCCAGUCAGAGGACGUAGACUGUUAUGGGAUCAGUUCCACAGUCUACGGUAUCCGGGAGGGUACUUCCCCAGGGACGACCUAAGAGCUAAGCACGACCCGCUAGACUGGCACGCUGACCAUGUCCAUACUAACUUCAGGGACAUGUACCGAAGGUUACGUGAACAUGGUUUCUAUUUGGAGGUUAUAGGUAGUCCUUUAACUUGCGUCGAUACAUCACUAUAUGGGGCUCUGCUACUCGUGGAUCCCGAAGACGAGUAUUUUCCAGAAGAAAUGGCGUCUCUCAAGAAGGCAGUAGAUUCUGGCCUAUCUCUUAUAGUUUUUGCUGAUUGGUAUAAUGCAUCGUUAUUGCGACACGUGAAGUUUUACGACGAAAACACAAGACAAUGGUGGAUACCAGAAACAGGUGGGGCGAAUGUGCCAGCUUUAAAUGAUUUACUCAGCAUGUAUCAAGUGGCGUUAGGCGACCGUGUGUUCGAGGGGUCAUUCAAAUUGGCGGGCCAUCCGAUGUACUAUGCUAGUGGCACUCAUAUUCAUAGCUUUCCAGAACAUGGUGUAUUAGUGACUGCCAAACUCUCUGAUCAAGGGCAACACAUUAUGUCAGGAGAGAAGCCGAAUGGAGAUGGGGGCACGUCGGGUGGAGGGAAAACGGUCGACGUGCCCAUAUUAGGAUUACUACAGACGGACAGCGAAACUCGAGAUUAUUCUAAUGACACUAAUGAUAAGCUGCCCAAGGCUGGUCGUUUAGUAGUGUAUGGAGAUUCGUCCUGCCUAGAGGGCGGUGCCGCUCGACCCUGUCACUGGUUGUUGUUAGCCGCUCUACAGUACGCGUUAGUGGGACAUUUGCCCUCUUCCCUCAAGGAAGCUGCGGUUAACAAUCACCAUCGUGAUGUUCAUAUCAUACCGUCUGAUCUACCGAAGCGCGCUGAAGGUGGGCGAUUACACGCAUACUCCAGGGUUCUAUCCGCGGAUGGUAGCGGCCCCCGGCCUAUACCAGGAUGUGUGAAACCACAGUUAUUGGAGCCCUAUCCUGUCCACGCACCACCCUCUGCAAGGACGUUAGCCCCUAGACAUCAACCCACCGACCCUAAAAGCAUAGGUGCACCAGAUUUAGAAGGAACAGAAGCGGCGCCCCGAGCGUGGCGUGGAGCGGGGGCGGCCCCCUCCCGGUCGCACCCAGACAUUGAACCAACUACCUCUACAUUCUACAACCGGCUAUUAACUUUUUUUGCUAUAGUUGCCAUCGUAUAUUGCUUAGCGAUCUUCUGGAGACGAUGCGGACGAAAAAUUAGAAGACGAAGACUGAUUUCUUUAGCCACC